GUUACACCUAACGUUAACGUUAGUUUUGCUGGUGGGACUCCUCCUAGUUUUAUGUCAGAAGGCAUCUGUGUAAACGGCCAGAUUACACAGCCUAGACGAGCAGUAGCCAGCCAAUUAGAGUUUUGUCUUUUGCAUUGCAUGUCAUCGAUUUUGUUUUGUUCCAAAUCAAGUCUCAUUUGCGUCAUUUUGUAUGUGACCAAUAUUUGGGUUAAUUACCAAGAAUAACGUUCUCUGACUGAGCGAAGCUGACCAUGGAUCAACAGCAGGAUGGCCACUCACUGCCCUAUGGCUCCGAGGAGAUGGCAGCCGCCAACAAGCCGGAGCUGAAGAACGGGAUGCCCUCGGUUCCCGCUGGUCUAGGGGACGGGCCUGCCAAAGAGCUUCCUCCUCCUGCAGAGGAGACACAGGUAACAGCGCCCGAAGAGAAACCACAGGAGCCUGUGAAGGAGCUCUCUGACUCUGAGAGCGCCCCCUCUGGUGAUGAAGUGCCAAGCGCUGUGGGAGGUGCUCCAGCUCCUGGUGCCCCAGGUGAAGACGUGAUCACCAUAUCCAGGGCAGACCUCAGUCCAGAGGAUCUUCCAGCAUGGGCCACUACCACCACGACAACAAACCUGCUUGAUGGUGCAACCCAGGGCCUGGAUGGAGAGCUCAGGCCUGGAUCGGUGAGCCCUCGUCGGUCACCAACUUCCCCAGCAGCACUGGACAUGAUUGGGCAGGAAGCAGCAUCACCAAUUUCAUAUGGAGCUUUUGGGAGGGAAGGAUUUGACAGCUUGGUGAAGAGGAGCACUUCGGAUAAGUUCUCCGACCUACGGAGUCCGAGUGCCUCUGAGGAAGAGGAGGAAGACGAGAUUAUGGAGAAAGGCAAAGCUGAGAAAGAACGUGAAAAGGACCAUGAAGAGAAGGAGGAAGAUGAAGAGGAAGAGGAACAAGAAAGGAAUCAUCUGAGGUCUGUUGCUCAUGAUGAAGAAUUUAGGAUUGACAUCAGCCCCAGUAAACCUCAAGACCAAGCCCACAUGGAGACCCAAGAUGGGGAUGAGGAAGAAGAUGAGGAAGAGGAGAGAGCAGACUUACACAUGGAGCAAAACAACAUUGCAAAGAACCUGACUGCUGAGAAAGACCACACCUUCUCUGACUAUGCCCAGGAUGUCUCAUCCAAGCCCGAAGCCACCUCUGAGGAGACCAAACAGCGGGUUCUGUCCUUUGACUACACUGAGCCUCAGGUACCUAGCCCUCACGGGCUUCCCCCAGGGUGGCAGGACGGCAAUGACAAGACCCCACCAGAGAGUAAGAGCCCUGACUCCUGUCGAGCGGAUCCUGGAUCGCCCUUCUCUCCAACCCCCACCAAUGAGCAAACCCAGGAGGACCGGUCACCCCUCACCGAACAGCAGCCAGAAGGGCAGGUGCAGGAAGAGCAGGAGGAGGAAGAAGAAGAAGAAAAGCUACCUGAGGAGGACGAGGAAGAAGAACCAGAAGAAGAAAAAGAAGAAAUUGAUGCUGUUCCUUCUGUUCAGGAACAACACUUGCCUUCCAAGAUGCAGGAAGAGGAAUUUCCUGUGGAGGAGAAACUUACCUCACCUGAGAAAGCAGAACCUCAGGCCCCUCAGAAGAAGCCAGAGACCUCUAAUGAGGACCCCGUAUCUAAGAUGGAGGUAGCUCAAGCUGUUUCUGCAGCAGUGCCUGUUGCCGCAACAGCCGUUGCUAUCACAGCAGCUGUUGCCACAGAGAUUGCUGCCACAUUACCUGUUGACAAAGAAGAACCUGUAGUAAAGAAAGAGCCUGUAGCCAAGAAGGAGCCUGUUGCCAAAGCUAAGCCAGCAGCAGUAGCUUCCAAAGCUCCCAGUAAACCUCAACCUGCAUCCAAAGGUGCUUCCAAACCUAGCGCUCCUCCCUCAGCAGGGAGAGCUCCAGCCAAGACAGCUCCAGCUAAGAAACCUCCUACCCCGGCCACGGCUGCCCCCAAGGCAGCCCCCAAAACCCAGAAAGCCCCCCCAAAAGAUGCCACUCCUGGCAGAAAGCCAUUGGCUGCUGCAGCCCAGGGCAAAGCGAAGGUUGAGGCAAAGAAUGGAGCAGAUAAGAAGACACCACAAAAAAGCACACCCUUUAAAGCCAGACCCUCCUCUGUUCCUAAACGGACGCCUGUAGCCUCAGUCUCCCCCUCCAAAAAGCCUUCCUCCUCCUCCUCCUCUCCCCUGUACUCUGGUAACAGGCCCAGCUCAGGGGGUCACACCCCCAGCACCCCAACAGGAGGCCAGCCCAGGGCCCGGGUCGCCAGGGCAGGAGGGGACAAACCGCUGGGUGCUGCCACCAGAAUACCUGCUGUUGCAAGAAUGGAUCAGCGGAAACCAGGACCUCCCCAGUUUGAGAGAGCUGACUCUCCCAGGACUCCUGACCGAAGUGGCUACAGUAGCCCGGCCACGCCUAAAUCCCCAUCCAGCCGCUCCAGCACCCCGGGGCACCAGGUGAAGAAGGUGGCUGUGGUCCGCACCCCUCCCAAAUCCCCAGGGUCCCGCCGCACUCCUAUCGCCCCUGUGGCACCCAUGCCUGACCUUAAGAACGUCAGGUCCAAGAUUGGUUCCACGGAGAACAUCAGGCACCAGCCUGGGGGAGGCAAGGUGAAAAUAGAGGAAAAGAAGAUUGAUGUGAGCAACGUCCAGGCGAAGUGUGGCUCCAAAGACAACAUUAAACAUACCCCAGGCGGGGGCAAUGUCCAGAUCGUACACAAAAAGAUCGACCUGAGCAACGUGCAGUCCAAGUGUGGCUCCAAGGCUAACAUCCACCACAAGCCAGGUGGUGGGAGAGUGGAGAUCAGGACUGAGAAGCUGGAGUUCAAGGGCCAGUCCAAGGUCGGCUCCCUGGAGAACAUAGGACACACACCUGGAGGGGGGCAGAGGAAGAAGGAGAAGGGGAGGGAGCCAGAGGGAGGAGCCACAGAGGCCUCCUCCAAUGGGAACGUUCCCAGCUCAGACGGCUCAGGGCUCUCCUCCAGUGGGAACGCUUUGAGCGCAGACCUUUGUGACAACACAGAGGCUGAGGCAGCGCUGCCCUCUGGCCCCCCACCACUAGAGGGCGCUGAGCUGGCAGGGCUGCAGGCCUCCAAUUGAAUCCCACAAAGUGAAUUUCCGUGAUGGGGCGAAAGCAAGAACCGACCACGGAGCGGACAUCGUCUGUAAGUCAGCUGACCUCUCCAUGGACGGCUCCCCCCGUCGCCUCAGCAACGUCUCUUCCUCCGGUAGCAUCAACAUGACGGACCCGCAGCUGUCCUCACUAGCGGAGCAGGUGUCCGCCUCCCUCGCCAAACAAGGCCUGUGAUUUCUUCAGCCAUAACGGAUGCGAUGAAGGGAGCACGCGAUCUUCUGCAGAAAGAUACAAAUAAUGCAACUACACCUCCCAUUCCGUCCUGCAAAAAGUUAAUUACCCCUUAAAUAGGGCAGCCUAUCUGUGUGAUCAGUCCGUUAUGAUAAGAUUUUGCUUUCUGGGAAAUGACUGAUAGGCCUACUUUUUUAAACGAAGUGUCAUUAUUGCAACUUUCAUUGUUAUUCCAAAUGAUAAAAACAGAUGUCGGUCUAUGAAACCCCGAUUGAACAAAAAAAGUCAGUUCCCCGGGUCUCUUCCACUACUGUCUAUAUAUGUUGCCUUAUUGUGAAUGUUUUAGUAGCUUAAUAAUGUCAUGUUUAAACUUUUAAUGUCGACAGAUCACAAGGGGGUAAUCGAUUUGUCCAAAUAAAAUUAAGCUGUUGACGAAAUGACAACGUGUAUUCAAACUGACAACCAUUCCAGAUUAGGGCAUCUGUUGACAUAGAUUGUGGUUCUUGGAGGUUAGUUGUCUUUAGGCUACAUGUAAAGAGGGCGAAAAUAUUGUAAACAGUUCAUUAUUGUCCUCAGUUUAUUAAAACAGGGUUAAGUGCCAAAUUGCAUCGUUAUCAUCUACAUGUUAUGACUGAAACACAGGCACGCACUGGGAAUAAAUAAGUCUCAUCAUUCACAGGCCUGAAAUAUCUUAAUUAUAGGCCUAUUUUUCGUUUUCUCAGUGCAAAACAAGGAUGUUUCUUGAAACUAAGUGAAGAAUUGUCCAAAGUAAUUUUGCACAUGGCACGACGUGGCCACGGCUCUCAAAACUAAAACAUAUUUGCAAUCAGCAUAUACAUUGCUUUACAGCGUAUUUCAGAAAAUACUUUAGGUCUGAAAGAGCACAGCUACAAUAUGGCUGUUUUAACGUAAGUAAAAUUGGAUGCCAGUUUAAUUUUGGAGUGAGGUAAUUGGUGUUUCACGGUCAGUGAAUUCACGUGAAUUCUGAAGUUAAUCGAUGCUUUGACUAUGCUGCAGAAUAGCCUAUUCAGAGAGAACCCGAGUUGGACCUGUUUGGGUUGGUCCCUGUGCUUCGCAAAAUUAACGGAUUUAGAAUGAUUAACGCCAUUAAAUACCCCCGCAUUUUACGCUUUACCAAAAAGACAUUAGCAGAAAUUUGGGCACCCUAAGUGUUGGCACCUGUAUGCGAGGCGUUUGUCUCAAAAGCAAUGUAUGGUAUAAAAGUGCCUGCCCACCGUUGUUAUGCCAUCGACAUUACUCCGCCGUGGAUACACUUAUGCAUAAAAUAACUUGAAUGAAACAGUUGUUCCACAUCGGGAUGACCGAGAGAGCGUUUUAGUAAUAAGGUGAAAGUGAUCUUUUUGCAUUGAAAGUCAUUUACGUCACAUCAACUCUGUCGAUAUUCAUACAGCUUCUCCCAGCAUGGCGUAAAUUAAAUUUUAGAAAAAUGACCAACAUCAGGUUGCGACCGCUUUAAACCCCUGUACACACCUGUCUAGACAUAUUUCUGAGCUUCAUAUCAAAACUGAAUACACAUUUUAAGUUUAAAAAAGAAAGAAACAUUAAGCGUAUCUAAGCUUGUUUUGCGCACUUUUCCUCCCUUACUAGUAGUCCGUGAAUGUGAGAUGUAACCGCUAUUCAAGAAAAGAAUGCAUCAGCUGUUGGCAAAUCUUCCUAUUCUUUAUUUUGUAGUUAGGCUACUUCUUUUCCUUCAAAAUUCCUUAACGCACCUAGUCUUUACACUGUUUUCUCAUACACUGUUACACGUCUGAGAUGGGUUAUAAUAACUUUCUAACCAGAAAAAAAGCGUCUGAAGUGGAAUGUGAAAUAACGCAAACACGCGAGGCUUCAUGGAGCGCAACUUCAUGUUGCCCGUCACUGUGUAAAGGCCUUUUGAAGAAUUGCCAUAUAUCCAUACCCUGUCAAGAGUGAGUGUUUAGUUGUGCUAACCUGGACCCAAUUCAGUCACCCUUGCGUGCUGAUCUGUGCGCAACGAAGCGCUUCAGCAUUCCUUUCAGUAGGCCUAUAUGGCGAGCUCUCCAUUACCCGCAUGGACUUGGGGGGUGGGACUGGACCUAAACAAUCUAAAUAAGGGUUGAUAAUCUAUAUGAUUGAGAAAACAGUGGUGGAAGUAUAUUGUAGCCUAAGUGCAAGGCGUGGCAUGCACCAAACGGGCGAGUUCUAGAGAACGGGAAAACUGGAGAAAAAAAAUCGCGUUUUACACACUAAAAUAGUCGGAGCCCGCCAGAUGUGUUAAUACAAUAAGUUAUAAGUUGCUGUCCAGAGCCUUGUGAUCGUGCUGAUCGAUGCGGUAUGGAGAGCUGGUUCCUUAAGUCGCCGAGUGACUACUCCUGACGGUACAUGUGCGAACUCCUACUGUGUGUAGAAGUGUUGUCAUUUUUCCUUGCGGUCCUUAUUUCUGCCUUUCCCUUCAUUGCAGUUAUAGCCUACCUUCUAGCUUGACAGUCGUGAUUGUCUAUGUAAUGUGAGUUUUAUUAUUAUGAAUUGGUUUACACUGAUACUUGUUGCUGUAAACGUGAAUUUGAAAAUAAAAGUCGGUAUUCAACA